AUGUCCUCAUUUCAGAUACCAGUGCUGGAUUUGGCUCAAAAGCCGAACCAGGAUUCAGAUAGUAUAAAUAGCACUCCUUCAUCAGCUGGACCCGAAAGCAUUCGUGAUAAUUUAAUGGAUUCAUCCAGCCAAAUGAAUCACGUUCCUUCUAUAUUAUCAUCAUCUUGGCAUGUAGAGUCACGCUCUACUGUAAAUCGACUUUCUGACGAAUCGAGUAAUUGGUUGCUUUUCCCUUCUGGAGAUAAUCAGUUUCGACACGAAGUUUUAAGUGGUAAUAAUAUUGAUUCUACUCCUUGCGAUCUUUCGACUACAACCAGCAAUUUGACUGAGGGGACUUUUCCCUUUGCCGAUAAUUUCAGUAAUGCAACAUCUGAUCGGGUAGAACUAGCACAAAGAAGAAAUGCCACAAACCAACGGAUUGAAUCCUGGAGACAAGAGCAGGUAAGGAUUCUUUUGGGUGAAUUGUCUGGUACAACUAAUCCUAUAAUUACUAAUCAUGGAAGUGGGAAUCUGCGUCCAUUUGAGGCACGUGAUUUAUUAAGAAAAUGGGACUUGGAGAGUCUUUCUACUGACAGAAAAUGGCGAAAGUGUACAAAGAUAGAAAAGUUAUACGGAGAUUAUGUCAUUAGGGGAUAUUCAGGAUCUCAUCUUAAGGAGAUUAAGACCGCGUUAAAUGAUUUGGCUACUUAUCUUAAAGAUUCAUUAAGGAGCCCACCUAAAGUCAAGGCGAUAAAGCACGAAUAUAAAAGGCAGCGCAAUAGGCACUCGGACAGCCAAUUCAUGAAUAAUCCUUCACUCCAGAAAUGCAUUCCCAUAUAUUUGAAAGGCAUAAUUGUGGAAUCAAAUCUAUUUUAUGAUUUUCAAACCCGGGAAGCAGAUGGAUGUACUGAUAAAGAAUGUGAUACAGAAGAAAGAGAGGUUAACGAACAGCCCAAUGACGAGAGUGUCGGCGUUAUUCCCAUGAGAAGACAGAAUUUCUGGGAGACAGACAGUGUUGAUUCAAGUCAAUUUACAACCAGAUCGGAGAGCAUUGUUGGAUUUUAG